UUUGCAUAUGAGGCUAUAUAACAAACAAAGGUACAAAAAGGGAAAAGAUUCCGUUCUUGCUUUCCAAGUCAUCUCCACUUUGUCCUAGCACAAAGUCAUGGAAGUGCAUUACCUUUUGGUAGACUCGUCUUCAUCUGCCAUGGCUUCCUUCGAGAGAGAAUGCAGAGAGAUCCACGAAUCUUGCGGAAGAAAAGCCGAUUUGAUUCGAUCUUUGGCCGCGAGAACGAAGAUCGAACGCAAGCAGAUCCGAGACACCUACAGGAAAAUGUACGGUCAAGAAUUGGCAAACGUUCUUCUCCUUCAAAAGAACAGGGAAGAUGACAUGAUCUCGCAUGCAUUGUGGCUGUGGAUGCUUGAACCACACGCCCGUGACGCCGUGAUAGCCCGAGAGGCCCUUGACCGAGCCGGAGAUAUCGAUUUCAAGGCCCUCGUAGAGAUAUUCUCGGGUCGGAAAUCGAAUCAUAUCGAUAUGAUCAGACAAGUGUAUCAAGAACGGUACAAGAGGAACAUUGAUCAAGACAUCGUCAACAUUGAACCUCCACACCCUUAUCAAAAGAUUCUACUGGCACUGGCAGCUUCUCACAAGGGCCACGAAGCGGAAGUGAGCGAACACAUAGCGAAAUGCGACGCGAAGAGGCUCUACGAGAGCGGGGAAGGAAGAAGAGGAGCCUUAGAUGAAGCCGUCGUGGUCGAGAUCUUCACCAAACGAAGCAUUCCUCAGCUAAAACUCAACUUCUCCUUCUACAAACACAUCUACGGACAUGGUUAUGCUCAGUGGCUGAAGAAGGAUAAUCAUAUGGAAUUUAAGGAGGCUGUAAGAGUUGUUACCAAGUGCAUAUGCGACCCUCCCAAGUAUUAUGCACAGGAGUUACACGCAAGCAUAAGAGGAUUCAACAACAAAAGCAAAGCAGAUGUAACACGGAUCAUGGUGAGCAGAGGAGACAUAGACAUGGAUGAUAUCAAGAGAGAAUUCACAGGGAAAUAUGGGGUCCAAUUAAAAGAUUCGAUUUCUGAGAAUAUUCCCUGUGGUUUCUACAAAGACUUUCUCCUUGCUCUGGCCUCUAAUUGAAACCAAAACGUUUUCUCUCAUUUUUUUUUUUUGGGUAACCGGGUUUCCUGGGCCGAGGCCCAGACUAAUCCCAGGGCCGGGAGUCAGCCAUGUGAUUUGAAUUAUGCGCUCCCUCCCCAGCCUGAAGUUCGAACUCGGGGCGGAACAGACGUUUUUUCUCUCAUUUUCUUAAUCAGUUACUAGUUUUUGUCCUUUUUUUAAAUAUAUGUUUAUAUAUUCGAGUUAUAAUGUAAUUAUUUCCUCUUGUUGUGUUUGAAUGUAUAUCGUCUUCACGAAGAAAAUAGAUUUCGAUCAUAAUUAUGUAA